CCCUAAUACAUUUCAAUCCUCUCAACUGAAAACAACUGAGCGAGCAGAGAAAAAAAAUGGGUUUAGGUUUGUUGGCUUCAAGGGCAAUGAGACCCCUCAAGUCUUCUAAUUUUAGAAUGUGUGCGCGCUCUAUUGUCACUGAAACUGAACUCCAAUCAUCGGAAUCUUCGGCGGCCGAAGCCCUCGUCGGCGGGGCCUGGGGUCACUUCCCCAAUCCUGCCAAGCCUGUUGCUUCUUGCGCCAUGCCUGCUCUUCCCGAAGAUGUGGCUAGUAUUCUCCAGUUUCCUCGUGCUGUUUCUGAUAGAGGUUUAUCCUCACUGAGAUUUUACCAUUCAUCAUAUUCUUCUUCAAAUUUUUCCGUUGGAAGACGUGGCCUUUCCUCCCUAGCUGGUACGAAAAGCAGUGGAGAGGAAGAUGACUUGGAAGAAGGGUUUUCAGAACUUGAAACACCUGCUAGUGAGGCAGUGCAAGAGAACAAUGUUGAGGUUGAAAACGAUGACGGAUUAAUUUCUGAGCCAGAGCUAUCUGGUGAUAAUGAGGAUAUCGAAGAUCCCAUUCAAAGUGAUCUAGAAUCAUUUGAUACUGAGAGUGAUCCAACAAAGAAAACUUCGCGAAAGAAUAGGAGUUUCUCAGAGCUCUUCAAAACCAUCCUUGCUGCUCCAGGUCUGUCCAUUAGUAGUGCCCUUGAUAAGUUUGUUGAAGAAGGAAAAGAUUUGAGCCGUGAGGAGAUUUCAAUGGCCAUGCUCAAUCUUCGUAAACGUCGAAUGUAUGGGAGGGCCUUGCAGCUCUCAGAGUGGUUGGAGGCAAAGAAGCAGCUUGAAUUUGUUGAGCGAGAUUAUGCUUCUCGUGUUGAUUUGAUUGCAAAGAUACGUGGCAUCCAGAAGGCAGAACAAUAUAUUCAGAAGAUCCCAAAAUCUUUCAGAGGGGAGGUAAUCUACCGAACCUUGCUGGCCAACUGUGUUGCUAUCACCAAUGUGCAGAAAGCAGAAGAAAUUUUCAACAAAAUGAAGGACCUAGAAUUUCCAAUUACCUCAUUUGCAUGCAACCAGUUGCUCCUUCUUUAUAAGAAAGUUGACAAAAAGAAAAUAGCUGAUGUCUUAUUGUUAAUGGAGAAAGAAAAUGUCAAGCCCUCUCUCUUCACUUACAAAAUCUUAAUAGACACCAAAGGUCAAUCCAAUGACAUAACUGGGAUGGAUCAAAUUGUUGAGACAAUGAAGGCUGAAGGCAUGGAACUUGACAUUCGCACACAAGCCAUCUUGGCCAGGCACUAUGUUUCUGCUGGGCUGAAAGAAAAAGCGGAGUCUAUGUUGAAAGAGAUGGAAGGAGGCAACCUAAAGGAGCACCGUUGGGCAUGCCGGCUUUUGCUUCCUCUUUAUGCAGAGCUAGGGAAGGCUGAUGAGGUGGGGAGACUUUGGAAAUUCUGCGAAGCAAAUCCACGGCUUCCGGAGUGUGUGGCAGCUAUUGAAGCUUGGGGAAAGCUGAAGAAAAUUGAAGAAGCAGAAGCAGUUUUUGAUAGAAUGUUAAAAACAUGGAAUAAGCUCUCUUCAAGGAAUUAUUCUGCCCUGUUGAAGGUUUAUGCAAACCAUAAGAUGCUAGCCAAAGGAAAAGAUUUGGUUAAGCAAAUGGCAGAUAGUGGUUGCCGAAUUGGACCAUUGACUUGGGAUGCACUCAUAAAGCUUCAUGUGGAAGCAGGAGAGUUGGAAAAGGCUGACUCUAUUCUGCAGAAGGCAGCACAGCAAAAUCAAUUGAAGCCAAUGUUCAGUUCUUAUGUGCUCAUCAUGGAGCAAUAUGCAAAGCGGGGUGAUAUCCAUAAUACUGAAAAACUGUUUCAUAGGAUGAGACAGGUUGGUUAUAUGUCUCGACUCCGGCAAUUCCAAACUUUAAUCCAAGCAUAUAUAAAAGCCAAGGCUCCAGCUUAUGGAAUGAGGGAGAGAAUGAAAGCAGAUAAUAUAUUCCCAAAUAAGGCUUUGGCAGCAGAUUUAGUUCACGUCGACCCGUUUAGGAAGACAGCAGUGUCUGAUUUACUUGACUAAGGAUUUCAACUGCUGCAUUUUGGAAAUGCUGCUACUGUCUUAUCUAUGGACUCCAUAAUAUGUGAUUUAGGUAAGCAUUUUUGAUUGUUUGUUUUAGAACACUGGUUUGAACGCCUUGCCUUAAAGCUUAGUAGGAGUAUUAAGAUGUAUGACAUUAAUAUUUUCUUAUUUUAUGUAUUUUCCUAUAAAAAACGGCUGCUUCUCCCUC